AUGACCAAGCCCGAGUCGAAGAGGAGCGCCGCGGUCAACGCUACCGGCAAGUGCGCCACAUCCGUGUCCGGCGGUAACGCUUCGUUGGAGCCGGACUGUCCCAGUCAGAGCGCCCUUCUCAAGGCUAACGCGAUGAAGCAGACCUCCAGGGAGGGCAUGCAUCGGAGGAACACCGAGUGCGAGGUCUACGACGACGGGACCAACACCUUUUUCUGGCGAGCCCACACUGUGACAGUGCUUUUCAUUUUGACCUGUGCUCUGGUCUACGUCACGCUGUUGGAAGAGACCCCCCAGGACACGGCCUACAACACAAAGAGGGGGAUUGUGGCAAGCAUCCUGGUGUUUCUCUGUUUUGGAGUGACACAAGCCAAAGAUGGACCAUUUACCAGACCACACCCAGCUUACUGGAGGUUCUGGCUUUGUGUCACUGUCGUGUACGAGCUGUUCCUCAUCUUCAUCCUCUUCCAGACGGUGCACGAUGGCCGACAGUUCAUGAAGUACAUCGACCCCAAGCUUGGGGUUCCCCUCCCGGAGCGGGACUAUGGAGGAAACUGCCUUAUGUACGACCCGGGCAACACCACCGACCCCUUCCACAACAUCUGGGACAAGAUGGAUGGCUUUGUUCCAGCUCACUUCCUGGGAUGGUACAUCAAGACUCUGAUGAUUCGCGAUUGGUGGAUGUGCAUGAUAAUCAGUGUGAUGUUCGAGUUCCUGGAAUACAGCCUGGAGCACCAGCUACCCAACUUCUCAGAGUGCUGGUGGGACCACUGGAUCAUGGACGUGUUGCUGUGUAACGGUCUGGGGAUCUACUGUGGCAUGAAGGCCCUGGCCUGGUUAUCCAUGAAGCCCUACCAGUGGCAGGGCCUGUGGAACAUUCCUACAUACAAGGGGAAGAUAAAGCGAAUGGCGUUCCAGUUCACUCCCUACAGCUGGGUGAAGUUUGAGUGGAAGCCCGCUUCAAACCUUCGUCGCUGGCUGGCUGUGUUGGGCAUCAUCUUCAUGUUCCUCCUGGCGGAGCUGAACACCUUCUACCUGAAGUUCGUGUUGUGGAUGCCUCCUGAGCACUACCUGGUGCUGCUGCGACUGGUCUUCUUCGUCAACGUAGGAGGCGUCGCCAUGAGGGAAAUCUACGACUUCAUGGACGACCCGAAGUUCCACAAGAAGCUCGGCCAGCAGGCGUGGCUGGUGGCAGCGAUCACAGUGACGGAGUUCCUCAUCGUGGUCAAGUACGAUCCCAACACCAUCAUGCUGCCCAUCCCCUUUGUGGUCACGCAGUGCUGGUUCCUGGGAAUCUUCCUCAUCGUCAUCUGGACCCUGUGGCGCUUCUUCAUCCGUGACAUCACGCUCCGUUACAAAGAGACCCGCCAACGCAACCAGGAAGUCCCCGCGGACCGGGACCGUCCUCUGGGCAACGGCAGCACGUCCACUCCAUCCGGGCGGAGCAAACUGAACGGCAGCUCGGAGACGGUGCGGAUGAGGAAGUCCUGAGGGGUGAGAGGGAGGGAGGGAGGGAGGGGACAAAAAGAGACGACUGAAGGACAUUGGUGACAAAAAGGCCGACGUAAAGCCAAACCCAUGGACACGUGUGUGCUGUGGUGACUUUUUUUUUGCCUACGUGAUGUGGUCAUUCAACAGACUACAGGGAUUUACCUCAUUCUCAUUCGAGGAAUCACACAUGCGUUUCAAACAGUCCGUUUGUGGACGUCGGGUUGACAAAGUGUCGCGUGCAAAGAGAUGGAAAGUAGCUGGAAGGGUCGCAGGGAAGCAAAUCCACUUUUGACUGACGAUGAAUUCUUUUCUUAGUUGCGUCACAGGCGUGUAAAUGGUCUGUGUUCUGUGGGUUUGACCCUCGCUCAGUCUGACUGUCCAAAGCCGUCCUCUCCUCCACAACGACUUCCAGUGCAGAUGUACCUUAUUCUAGUUACUUACCUGCUGAUCAUACUCGACCCACGGGGUCGUUUUCAAUGUUUUCCUAUUGUAUUGUGAUUUAUUCUGGGUAAAUCGAUUAGAAACACUAACUUGUACUCUCAUUUCCUUUUUGUGAAAUGCUAAUGAGCAUGUUUGUGACAAUCACACUUAUAGAACAAAUGAUCGUGGCGAGCCGAAUCACACCAGACAGUGAAUUUAAUAUUCUUAAUGCCAGAUGCUUUUUUCUUUCUAUUAUUUCAUUCUUGAAUUUUAUUUUAAAAACAGGCGUGUCAUCAGAAGGGGGUGGGGGGGGUCCAGCUCCAAAGCUAAGAUCCAGCUAAAGCCACACAAGUCUAACCUCUAAUCGAGGCCAGCGGCUCAUGACGGAAAAGCACAUCUUUUAUUUUCCCUCUAAAAAAUGAAUGAUUAGAAAACUUCAUUUAUUUGUGUUUAAAAUCCUCGAUACAUUGAAUCAUCUCGGUGGUCUUUGCUUACAAAGCUGUUAAAUGUCGAGCCGCAUCGACCAGCUUUGAUGUGACAACUUUUAAAUCGUGAAGUCAAUGUCUAUUUCUUUUGGGACUUUUUAUAAUCUAGACGUGUUUAAUGUAACGGUAAUAAUAAAUAAUCCAUAGAUGCAGUUUAAGAUGUUUUAAGCUUUGCGGAAUGCUAAAAAAAAAAGGUCUGGUUGUUCUGGACCGCUUGUUCCAUUCCGAUUGGCUGUUCUCUGUCCCCUAAACCCAGAGGAAGCUGUCUUUAGUCUUUGUCCUGUUGACGUCUAGUGGCUGUAAAUGUCUGUGUCCCAGAGGCUCAGCCGACGACAUCAGUGAAUCUAGCUGCAAGUCUCCCCGUUGUGAACUAGGCAGACAAAAUGUAUCGAUUAGUGUGUGAAUUUAACCCGGCAGAAUCUCGUGUUCCAACGAGAGGUUGUGUUCAUUAUUUCAUUAUUAUUAUUAUUAUUAUUAUUAUUAUUAGUUCAUUGUCAGUUUUUGCCGUAAACACCGAACCAAAGUUUGCCAUUUCUGCGAAUCUCGACCCGACUAACAGUUGCAGCUUCAUCCCAUUUUUUUUAAUGCAAAUGUACAUGUGAGCCAGGCUGACAAGUCCGUGUGUACUUGUUAGGCUGUGCAGUGCGUACUCAGUUUGCACGUGUACUUGGUAGAUGUUCAGGAAGUUAUCUCCUCUCUUGGAUGAAGGCUGUCCCCGUGUCCCCGUGUCCCCGCCUAGAACAACCCAAGACAGGAAUUUCAGCUCUGAAAGCUGACAUUCAUAAAUGUACCUCGUUAAUGAACCAGUCGUAAGAAAAGGGACCUUUUCCUUUAGUGUGUUUUAGGGUUCAGUGUAUCUUCACCUGCAACUACAUGGAAGUGAUAGCUGUUCUGUUCUUGUCUCCUUGACAACGGUCAUCAAUGUGAACUUCAUAAAGAUCUUGAAAACUGAAAUAUGCUGCUGCACCAUCAUUUUAUAAUGUUUUCAAUAAAAUGAGCUGAAAACCUGAA